GAGAAUGAUCUGCAUUGCAGCCAUGUUCUUUUAGUGUAAUGUUAACAAAUGUUAUAAAUCUAAGUUUAUGUGUCUUAUUUUCCUUCUUCACUGGAAAGUCAGACAGGCUUAGGUAACGUGUUUCAAACUUUCAGUUAGAACUUUUCAACACAGAAGUUUUUCAAAGUCCGUUCUUUAAGAAGUUGUAUCCUGAUUUGGAAUGUAAAUUGCUGUUCUUCUGCCGUUGCUGGGACAAAAUCCUGGAGCUGUGACACAGAGGCGCUGUGAGAGUACUUCUCACCACUUGGACUGCCGUGGUUCCCAAACAAGGUUUGACAUCACCUUCCCCACUGGGGAAGAGGAACAAGUGAAUCAAAAUAUUUUGUUUGUGUUGUGCACAGUGUGAUAUGCAGAGUGUACUUUACAUGCUGUUCAAUGUUAUUGUGCCUGAAUAUUUUUUUUCUCUAUUUUUCGGCCUUUCUUUCCAACUAAUGUUGUGUGGCUGAACUUGGUGAGGGACUUUCCUGCUUGUUGAACUAUGGCAAAACUCUCUUUCUGAGCCUUGUGCAAAAGGUGAUGGGAUAUCAUGCAAUAGUCAUUAGCACCUUUUCCCUGUUCCCUAAACAUCCCUAAAAAAAGUUUCCAGCACAUCCUGCCAGUUUAGGGGGUCCCAGUCAGCAAAAGUCUCUGAUGAGCCUGAACAACAAGACCUUGGAGAAGAUGGAGGUUCCGGUGGUGGAGCUGGAUCAGGUGAAAGGGAAGAAGUAUCUAUUGGAGCAGUGGUUGGCACAUCUGCUGGAGGAAGCUGAGAGCAAGCAGCGGAGGCACCAGCAAGCUGUGGAAGAAAUGAGGUUGGAGAAGAGCAAGUCCGACUUGGAGGCAAGUCAGUGCAAGUUAGAGCUUGAAAAGGUAUUGAGAGAGAAGGCCAACUUGAUGGUGGAAUUAGAGCAGAUGAAGCAGAUGAACCUGGAGGGCCGUGAAGCUGCAGGGAAGCAGCACAGACACAUGGAGGCACCACAACCACGGCCAACAGCUUUUGAGCAAAUGGACCUUGACGAGACUGUUGGGCAGAUGGGCUUUGGAUCGGAGAUUCCACAGCAGGUAGUGAGGAUAACGCAGAUGUUGGACCUGAUGCAAUUCUAUAUCAGAGGGCUGUUGGGCGGAUCAGAGGCAGGGACAUCAGUGGUGGGAAGAGGCAUCCCAUCAAACGAAAUGGAAAGAUUGAGGGAAUUAGUCAAUGACCUCAGCCAGGUUACUGACCGAGCUGGAAAUGAUCUGAAGGUUUUGCUGCUGGAGAUGAGCUCGCUCAAACACAACAUGAAUGAGGCUGAGCUUAAAGCUUCUCAGCACCUGACACAGUUGGGGGUGACGAGCCUUGAACUUGAGAAAGUCCAGGUGGAGCAAGAGCAGCUGCUCAACAAGGUGGAGGGUUACCGGCAGAAGGUGGCCCAUCUGGAAAAUGAAUUGAAAGACAGCCAGCAACAAAGGGAGAGUUCCAGAAUAAAGGUCGAGAAGCUUUCCCGGGACUGCGACACUGCUCAGACCCGGAUCCAGAGUCUGGAGAGGGAGCUGGAGGCUCUUCACUCUGAUCGGGAUCUCGCCGUGCAGCGCGCACUAACCUACAGCACGACGGCUAGCAGCUUAGCGGAGAAUCUGCAAGCUGCCGAGAGAGAGAAGAGCUGUGGAGAAAAGCGGUGGGCAGAGAAGGCCAGGGGUCUGGAGGCCAAGCUGGCCGAAAGCCAACGGGCUUUGAGGGAGCUGGAGCACAAGUUGGACAAAGUCAGUCAGGAAAGGCGUCAUGCUGAGGAUGUUGCACAGCUCUUAAGGACUGAAGGCAGCCUAGUGCAGAGCAAGAGAACAUUGGCAGAAGAAAGUGUGCAGUUUCAGCUAAAGGAAGUCUCCAUCUUGAGAGGGAAACUGAAGAGUGCACAGGAGGCUAUGGAGGAAAAGGAGAAGAGUGAGUACAAAUAUCAGGCAACGGUCAGGAAACUGGAAGAUGAUUUAGUGCAGCAUAGACGCACAGCUACUGAACUGCAGCAGAAGGUUGAUGAGCUGGUGUCAGCCAACCUAAGAGCGGAGAGGCUCACAGCCUGCAUCCACAGUGAACUCGACUCCUUGAAGAUGGAGAAGAAAGUUGCGGAGGAGAGGGGCGAUGCGCAGAGAGUGCAAGCAGAGUGUUUGGGUGAACAGCUGAAGCAAGUGGAAGAGCAGCUGAUUCAGAAGGUGAGAAAGGACCAGGAGCAAGAGAGCCGGGCUUGGAAGCUGGAGGAGGAGGUGGUGAAAGGGCAGCAGCUGAUGACUAGCCUGAAGGUUCAGCUGGCGGAGGUCACCGAAGCCAACGUGACAGCAGCAAGGUCCGUCAGGAACCUUCAGGAUGAGCUGUCCUCUGUUAGAAAGGAGAAGGAAGCCUUGGCAGAGAUAGUCAAGAAGCAACAUUUACUGAUGCAUGAAUUUGGUAUCAAGAUUGAGCAUGCCCACCGGGAGCUGGAUAAAGGACAUGACUUGUCUUGGGGCAACUGGGCCAAACAGCUGUGCACUGGAGUCAACCAACAUGAUCACCUAGCAGAAAACUUUGCAUGGCAAGCAAGUAACCAGCACCAGCUCCUGAGGGAAGAUGAAGUACAGGACAGAAAAAGAGGGCUUGGGGAUCAACAUUACCCGAGUUGCAGCCUGAGCUCACGGACCAAUUUCAAGCAUAAGCUCUCUGCGAGUGACCAACAUGGCUGGAAAUCCGUGCCAACUCCCUGGAAAGUAGCUUUACAAACUAAAUCCACAAGCCCACAGAAAACAGCGGGAUCAGUGGAAACACAGAACGUUAUAAUUCAAAACGAAUUGCAGAAACUGAGGCUGAGCUCAACAACCAAUGUGACAAAGCAAACCAUUUCACCGCUAAGAAGCCCAGAUCAGUCAUUGGAGAUGGCUAAUCUGGAGCUAAGCCAAUCACCUGGCAGAGUGGAAAAAACUUCCCAGGGCAAAGAGAUGCUUUCGUUUGGAAAAGAAAAAUUAAAUAAUAACCCCAAACUUUUAAAAGCCGAGCAGAUAGAUAAUGAACCGAGUAAGAGUUUACAGGAGGCUGCUGGAACUUCCACUGGUCAAAGUAAAUGCAACAAUCACAUUGGUGACGCAGAGCAAGUCAGAUCUAGUAAAAUGGACAUAGCUCCCAGUGCUGAGCUCUUGUCGCAGAACUUGCCAUCUGAACUACAAACCAAGAAAAGUGAGAAGUUGUCAGAGUCUCCAAACCUGAACAACAACACAAUAUUUCCAGAGGAGGCUGGUGACAGAGAUCCCAAAACCAGCAGCCCUAACAUAAAUAGUGUAUCUCGAGACAAAUGCCUUCCUUCCAAUAAAACAUUGGAAUUUGAAGGUCUGCGCCGCCAUGUAACAGUGAAAGAGCUGGUUGAGGCUGACAUCCUGAAUAAAAAUAUUGCAGAGCAGCUUGAUAAAGGGGUUAAGACGGUCUUGCAGGUUCAGGCAUCCUUAGGGAAGUACCUGAAUCAAGUUAACUCAAUUGUCGGCCUGUACUUGGAAUCCAGCAAGCAAAAGAUCUCGUUCAGUGAGGCAGUGAAGGAAAGGAUAAUCGGAUCGAGCAUUGCCCUUGAGUUUUUAGAAGCUCAGGCUACAACAGGCUUUAUUGUUGACACCUCAUCCCACAAAAAGUACUCAGUUCAGCAAGCAAUAGAGAAAGGACUGGUGGCCCCAGAAUUUAACCAGGCACUGCUUGAAGCAGAGAAAGCAGUUACAGGUUAUCAGCACAAUGGGAAGACCUUGUCUGUUUUCCAAGCCAUGGAAAACAAGCAGCUUUCAAGGCAAGUUGGAACACGGCUCCUUGAGGUUCAGAUUGCAACCGGAGGAAUCGUUGACCCAGUACGCAGUAUCAGGUUGUCUCUGGAGGCAGCAUGUAAGCAAGGACAUCUGGGCCUGGACACCAUGCAAAACCUGUACAAGACGCUGGGCAGUGUAAGAGGUUUUCAUAAUCCCAACACAGGACAAGCUGCACACUAUUUGGAAUUGAUGAAACUCUGUGUGGUGGAUUUAGCAGGGAGUCAUCUGCUCCUCCCUUUUGGAACACGAAAGAUCUCCACCCCAUCCCCCAUGAGGCCUAGUACCAUUUCAGUGGUAGACACGAGUACAAAAUCUGAGAUAACUCUAUAUGAUGCCUAUCUGAAAUACUACAUUGAGAAGCAGACUUAUCUUGAACGUUCAGAGUUGCAGUCCCAAUGGAGGGAGACCACUGACAAGUCAGAGGGCACCAGCCAGUCCUUUCUUACCGACGUUAAUUCCGGAAGGGAGUUCAGCAUCGAUGAUGCCUUAGCACAGGGUAGGAUCAGCCAAGCAGACCUAAAUAAAUAUCGGGAUGGCCAAAUCACAGUCAUAGAGCUUGCUGACAUGCUAAUAAUUAGAACGACUGUGCCCCCUAAUCCCAACAGCCCAAUCGCAGGCAUUUGGGACCCAAAUGAAUGCAGGAGAGUUUCUGUCCUGAAAGCCAUGCAUCAGAAUUUGGUGGACCGGUUGACUGCCACUCGAUUGCUUGAAGCACAGGCUUGUACCGGCGGUAUCAUCAAUCCAGCAAACGGCAAGCAAUAUUCCAUUUCAGAGGCAUUGCAGAAGGAAUUAAUUGACACGGAGAUUGCGGCCAGCAUUCAAAAAUCACAACAAGCUUACCGAGGAUUCUUGCAGCCAGGUUCCCAACAUGCUUUAUCAACUGUUGAAGCUCUGUGCAGGAACCUACUGGGGCGGGACCUGGGUCAUCGAUUCCUGGAGCUGCAGUAUCUGACUGGUGGGCUGGUGGAUCCAAACUUGCAGAGAAGAAUGUCUGUGGAAGAUGCCUUGUGCAAGGGUCUUGUUGAUGUACAGACAGCACAGAGGCUACGGGACGAAACAAAGCACACUAGGAACUUGAUUUGUCCAAAAACCAAAGAGAAGAUCUCGUACAAAGAAGCUCUGGCCAGAGCUGUUUUUGACUGUCAUACAGGAUUGAGAUUCCUGGAGGCAGCUGUGAAGUUUAAUGCCCUAAAGUAGUACUUCAUAACUAAUCCCUCUUCUCCAUUCCAUCCCUGACAAAUUGUUCCUCAGCUUCCCCAUGUAAUGGCUCACCCAAAGCUUUGGCUGAGUGAGGUUAUAAAUAUUUCAGCCAUAGCUCUUUUAUGGGAUGUUCCUUCCAACUGUUUUUUUUUAAAUCUCCCCCUUUAUUUAGUCCUUUCCCAAUGUGCCACUUGGGUUUAUGUGCUCGACUGGCCUCUAGUACCCAUGCCUAUUGUGCAUUCCUCACAACUCAGAUCAGUCAAUGGCUGUCAACAGAUGGGAAUGGGGUAGCGAAACUUGAUCCUGUUUUCACCAUGACUUUCUCAAUUGGGAAAUCAGUGCUUAAAACUCAGCAAUAUGGUUACAGUUGGCUUUGGAGGCAAAAUCAAUGGGUAUGUUUAAAGCAGACAUUGAUAGGUUCUUGAUUGGUAAGGGUGUCAAAGGUUACAGGGAGAAGACAGGAAAAUUGGGUUGAGAGGGAUAAUAAAUCAGCCAGAAUGGAAUGGUGGAGCAGACUCAAUGGAUCAAAUGGUCUAAUUCUGCUCCUAUAUCUUAAGGCCUCUGGCUGUUCAAAGCUUUUGUUCCACACUUACUUGCGAUUCAUGAGGAAUUUUCUAUUCUCUCAUUAACUCAUUCCAACUGUAGAAGUGAAGUGUAGUUGGAGGUAUAUCUGGAAGGUUUCUGGUGCAUUAGGUUCAUCCAAACAAACAACCUGUUUACCAACCAGAGGAACAGCUUCUCUCCCCUUACUCUGGUACAGUGAAGCCCUUGACCCAGUUCUGACAGUUGGCCAAGAAUAGUGAGAAGAGGACCACUGGGAGUAACCAGCAAGUGCCCAGGUCAGCAACUCAGCCAAUGAAUUGAUCAAGGAGUUGUGUUCAGACACUGGACAUCUUCUUGGCUCCAUUUAUGGAGGCAAUUCUCCAUGACCUAAUUUUCUGUAUCCUCUGUGGUGGUGGGAUUUUAUAAUUUCAGAAACAUUAUGAUCUGGAAUCCAUUGGCAGCAAGGUUGGACAUAAGAAUAUGUCAUAAGAGAUAUAUAAGACAUAAUAAUAAUAAGGCAUAAGGGAAAGGUUUGCAAGCAUCUGAGGGAAGAAGAUGGGUACAGAUUCCUGCUAAGCUUCAUUAUGUUAUGACUCCAUCAUAGAAUCCUAUCUCAGAAGGGCCACCCUGUUAGCUUUACAAUGCCAAUGUCACAAAUUCAAUUCCUACCACCGUCUGUAAGGAGAUUGCACGUUCUCCCUGUGGUGACAUGGUUUGCCCCUGGCUGCUCCAGUUUCCUCCCACAUUCCAUGACGUAUAGAUUAGUAAGCGUUCAUAAGUGUGGGCAUCUAUGUUGAUGUCAGAAGCAUGGCAACACUUGCGGCUGAUCCCAGGAUAUCCUCGACGUGUGUUGGUCAUUGAUGCAAAAUGAUGCUCUUCACUUUAUGUUUUGAUGCACACAUGACAAAUAAAGCUAAUCUCUCUGUUUUAAAAAAAAUUUUAAAUGUCCUUCCAAUCAUGAGCUUAAUAACCUUUAAUAGACAUUUCAAUUUGGUUUGGAAGGGCUCGCUACUUUGAAUAGUGGUAGUUGUAGGGUAAUAUUCCCCUGUCAGUCAUCCAACUCAGACCACAAGGGAAUGAGAUAUCCAUACCAAAACUCUUGGUUUGCCCGACAGGCUGUUCUGAUUGCCAGUACAGUCAGUGUGGGCCUCCAGCUAAGGAGGGAAUUCAUGGCUCAUUUCCUGCCACAAAAUGCUCUCCACUGUCUCCCCACUCAGGAUGCAGUUUCUCUUUCUCACUAUUUAAUGAGCAAGAAGGUUACAUUCAGUGAUUUAGAUUCACGGACACAAAAGAGUGCAGAUGCCCACUGUCAGAUCUCAUGCAUGGGGUCCUAUUUCUGGUAGGAGCAGAGCACCAGCUGGUAACAUGUUCCUCUACGAUUCUUUCCCAUCAUGGAGUCGAUGAGGAGAGCAUCCACCUUGGUGAGAACUUAAUAUGGGUGAUACCUGAUCACACCCUCACAGUGGCUGAUUGUUCCUUUCCUAUUAUGUGAGUAUCUUUAGAGCAGGCGUUUGGGUCAGUGGGCAGAAAUGAAGAGGAGAAGGAGAUGCGGGAGGGACGUGGAACCUUCAAUAUAAGAUUCAUUCUUUCUCAAAUAGGUCUUACUGGAAUGAAUGAGUGUAUAUCCAGAAGACUCUUGUUCCUAUAUUAAAUCCAACUUGAAAUAAAAAAAGCUUGUUUAGUUUUUUGAGUUUCCUGUAAUUAUUUGUCGUUGUUUAGAUCAAAGAAUUUAAAGAAAAACUUUUGAAGCAACCAUUUGGUGUGCUUUUUUCAAAAAUGGGAAGUGCCAAUGUAAAUUUUUUUCUGUCCACAUGAAGACAACUUGGAUGGAUCUAUAACUCACCACGUCUAGAUGAAUCAUUUUCAACUUAACCUUGCAAACCUUUUCGAAAAGAGUACUUUCAGAAGAUAUAUCACAGAUUUUCACAUUCUAUGAAGUUUUCGAAGACCAUCACUCUUGGUGUCAUCACAGUAAAACUCUGUUAAGUUUGCAGUUUUAUG